AUGUCUGCCGCAAAGACCAAGGCUCUCAAACUCAUCGAGGAGAACCCCGUUGUAGUCUUUUCCAAGUCAUGGUGCCCAUAUUGUCGCACCGCGAAGGCGACCCUGACCGCACAAGGCGCGAAGUUCCACGUUGAGGAGCUUGACCAAAUCGAUGACGGCGACGCGAUCAAGGCCGCACUUUCGCAAGAGAACGGUUCCAACACUGUACCAAUGAUCUACAUCGGUGGAGAGUUCGUGGGAGGAAACUCAGAUCUGCAGGGAAUCAAGAAGGAUCUACCAGAGAAAUUGAAGAAGGCCGGCGCUGUCUAA